UAUAAUUUAGAACUAAAAGAUUUUUCUACAUUAGAACAGUUUAUGAGUAAUUAUGAGAAGAAUACCUUUUCAAAUUAUUAUAUCUCCCGUUCUAAGCCUCAUCAUGAUCCAAUAUAUAAAUAUAAAACAUUAACAUACAAUUGCAAAAGAGGAGGUCGGAUUUUCAAAUCUAGUUCAACAGGCUUAAGAGAAAAGAGAACCUUUAAACAAGGGUGCAAUAGCAAAAUUUGUGUUAGAAAGAUUUUAUAUGAUAAUGAAAUCCCAAAGAUAAGUCAAAAUUUACCUACCAUAGCUGCUUCUUCCUGUAUUGCUGAAACAAUCAACACAGGUGAUUCUUUUCCUAUUGCUGAAACAAAUAUUUUAGUCAACACAGGUGAUUCUUCUCCUAUUGCCGAAACAAGUCAAAUUUUAGUCAACACAGGUGAUUCUUCUCCUAUUGCCGAAACAAGUCAAAUUUUAGACAACACAGGUGAUUCUUUUCCUAUUGCUGAAACAAGUCAAAUUUUGGAGGUCAUAAGUGAUUCUUCCUGUAUUCCUAGAAUUUCAAAUUUUUCCCAAGCUAAUCAAAAUAUGACUGAAACGAUUAACCUACCAGCUUCCAAUACAGAAAACACUCAACUAUGUGCAAUCAAAUUAUCUUCAUCUCAAAUUAUUUCAAAAAAUAUUUUAGGCACUCAAGUUAAGAUACCAGAGACAACAAACUUAUAUUCCCAAUAUCAUUUUCAAAAUAUACCUAAAAAUUUAGGCCCUAUGUCAAGAACUAUUCCAGAUAUAAUCAAAUUAUCUUCAUCUCAAAUUAUUUCAAAAAAUAUUUUAGGCACUCAAGUUAAGAUACCAGAGACAACAAACUUAUAUUUGCAAUAUCAUUUUCAAAAUAUACCUAAAAAUUUAGGCCCUCAGUCAAAAACUAUUCCAGCUACAGUCAAAUUAUCUUCAUCUCAAAUUAUUUCAAAAAAUAUGUUAGGCACUCAAGUUAAGAUACCAGAGAGUAAACAUUUUACUCAACAAAAAAAUAGCAACAAACUUAUAUUCCCAAUAUCAUUUUCAAAAUAUACCAAAAAAUUUAGGCCCUCAGUCAAAAACUAUUCCAGCUACAUUCGAAUUCUCUUCAUCUCAAAAUAUUUCAAAAAAUAUCUUAGGCACUCAAAUUAAGCUACCAAAUACAACCAAAACUUUAGACUACACUGGAUAUUCUCUUCAAAAUCUUU